AUGGACAGAUACGCGAGCAUGAAAUUCUACCUCACACUCACCGUCCUCCUCCUGAUCGCUUUCGCCGGUGUCAACGGACUAAUACUUGGCUUUGCUUAUCAGCGACGCUAUGUAGGCUGUUUGUGGUACGCACUGGCGUGCUCGAAUUUCGUUAGCAACGUGCCACGCCAACAACAAUGUUUGGCUUUGCCGAAACACCUCAUUAGGCAUGAAAUUAGGAUGCAAGAUCUAAAAGCAAAGACGAAGGUGAAUUGGGCGUUGAAGGAGCUGUUUUCCUUCGACCAAGUAGAAGAUGCUUUCGGAGAGGUCACAUCUGUUGGUACGGAUGGCAAUGCUGCAGUGGAGACUGCAUGUGGUACCGUUUGUGCCGAUAAGCUGCUGAUGCCAUGA